UGUCUUUCUCUCGCUUUUACCUAAUUUCCAUGCUGAUUUUUUUCACUAUUGGGUCAGGUUCUGAUGGGAAUUCAAAGGGUUUUCUUUGUUUUGAGAUGGGUUUGACCCAAUAGUGAAAAGAUCAGUACUGUUCAGAUGGGAAUUCAAAUGGGUUUUCUUUGUUUUGAGAUGGGUUUGACUUGUUCUGCUUGUUGAUGCUCAUUUAGACUAUCUUUGCCCGUGAUUAUUCAAACUUAUCUGAGUUUUUCUUGUUUAAUUGUUACUGUUGUUGAUUUUGACUUCAAUUUGAUUGCGCGUCUGAGCUCGUUGGCACUUUGGUUUUUACUAAGAAGUGAGGAAUUGUGUUGUUUUGAGAACAAUCCGAGGGCGAAUCUAUAUGAAAUGGGACAUUCUAAGUUUUAGAAACGGAAUUUUGCAAUUGUGUUCGUAAGAGAAGAUUCCUUCAAAGAAAUACAUAGAGUUCUCAUAGAACUUACCUUUUUGCAUUUAUGAGGAUAUAGUGUAGGACUUCUGCAAAAUAUCUGGAAGGAUAGGUCAUGGAUAUUUCAGAAUGUGAUACAGGCGAAGGAUUGGAGCAUAAAAUGAAAAAGAGAAAGCAAGAACAGUUUGAUGAUGUUUCUGAAGGAAACAAUAUGGGCAGUGUUCAUUCUGGUUCUCAAGAUGGAUGUUCAAUGGAUAAAAUCCUGUCUGAAAAUGAUCCAGCUUCAGAUGCCAAAUUCAUUAUAUGCUCUAAGUUGGAAUCUGAAACAGGAAAAACUCUUCCAGAGAUAUGUAAUUCAAAAGGGAAUGUUCAUGGAAAGGAGCAUAAUGAUGACCAAAAAUUGUCAAAGGAUAUGGAUACAGAGCAUGAUAAUAUUAAUGGUUGCGAUAACCUUAUCCUGAAUACAGAGGAGGUAAAACGAAAUGUUGCUAGAUAUAGUGUUGAAAUUGAAGAGCCAAGUUCUAUGAAUGCUUACAAAGAAGACUCUGGGAUCUCUGAAGAUCCAGGUGGUAUGACAGACCAUGAUGAUCAUGGAAACAUUGACAGUGUUGUACAAGAACUGAGCAAGGAGAUGAUAGAUGUGAGGAAGGAUGAUCAUUCUAGAGAAAAAUUCUCUGACCCCAGUUAUCAUUUGCCAUGUAAUGAGGAGGAAUGCGAGGGCGAUGGUUCAUUGAAAAGUUCAAAUGUAGAACAGAUAAAUGAUGGAUUUGGUAACAAUGCUUCAGAGAAGAUUGUGGAAGGUGCUGUGGAGGAAACUUCUGUUUGCUGUUCAGUCACUGAGCAUGAUGAUGAAACUUCAACAAGCAAGGAACUGAUUAUGUCAACUCCUUGCUGCGUGCCUCCUGAACUAGAAAAUGCUGAAACUCCGAAAGAAGAAGUAUGUUUCUCAGCUUCUGGUGAGACAAGCAGUGGUGUUGAUGCUAUUGCUGAAGAGAAAACUCCAUCGCUUGUAUUGGAUACUUCAGAGAAAGGAGAUUCAAUUGGUUUUUCAAGAAAAAAGCUUCUUGUUCUCGAUGUAAAUGGACUGCUUGCAGAUUUUAUUAUUUAUGUUCCACCUGGAUAUAAGCCAGACAUUGUAAUAGGACAAAAAGCAGUGUUCAAGAGGCCAUUUUGUGAUGAUUUUAUUAAGUUUUGUUUUGAAAGAUUCGAGGUGGGUGUUUGGUCGUCAAGAACUCGGAGAAAUGUGGACAUGGUGAUAGAUUUUCUAAUGGGAGACUUUAGAGAAAAAUUACUAUUUUGCUGGGAUCAAUCACACUGUACCGACACGACAUUCUCUACCGUAGAGAACAAGCACAAGCCUUUAGUCUUAAAGGAAAUAAAAAAACUGUGGAAAUACCUUAAGCCACGAGAGUUCAAUGCAUCAAACACUCUACUGUUGGAUGAUUCCCCACACAAGGCAUUGUGCAAUCCGGCAAACACUGCAAUAUUUCCUGUAACAUAUCGGUUUAGGGAUACUGACGAUACGUCGUUAGGACCGGGAGGCGAUCUUCGGGUUUUUCUGGAAGGUUUAUCAAUGGCAGAAAAUGUUCAAAAGUAUGUUGAGCAGAAUCGUUUUGGUCAACGCCCCAUUACAGAAAAGAAUCCAUCUUGGAAGUUUUAUAGGCGUAUCAUAUAUUUUGUUGAGCGCAAAAACGAUCAGGAGGAUACGAAUUCUUUCAAAUGGAACUGAAAAAAGGUAAGCUUGAGAGGCAUUUUCAUGCAUCUUUUUUGGCAUUUUCAUGCAUCUUUUUGGUACAUCCUCUUGUAUGAAUGAAAAAGGUUUUACACGUUAGCUUCCCUCCCGAUGUUGAAAGGUUUUUGAUGCAUUAAACGAUCGAUUUCUAACAUUAGUUUUUCUUUAUCCAUAAUCUUCUUUUGUUGAAAAACAUGAAUGAAUGAAUAGUGUUAUGCUAUGGUAA